UCUUAUAAACAACAAUCAUUUCUUAUCAAAUUAAACAUCUGUUUCUUAUCAGUUUGAAAUAAUCUGCAAGAACUUCACUUUUUUUUUCAAAAUUUUAAGAGAUUAUACUGAAUUGCGAAUAAUACAGCAUUAAAAUGGAACGUUAAUUGAUUUCAGCUUGCCAUCGUUUAGAAUUUGUACCUUGAAGAAGAAAGAUAUCGCCGUAGAAUGGAUAAGUUUCAGAACUCUGACGAGAGUUCAAACGUAGUGCUGCUGCAUUGUCGAAGCUUGAAACGACUGUUAGAUACACUGCGUAAACCGAGCCCUCCAGGAGACGAGAUUCUAGAAAUAUUAAAGAAGAAUGUUCAGCUCUUGGUUGCAUUCAUUGAGCUAGAGACCCAGUCCCUAAUUAAUGGUAUACCAUUGAACCAGCUACAGAAUCACAAGAAUCAAAACGAGAACGAAGUUCCGCAUCCGUUAAGUGAACUGAAUUCUUCGCCUUACAGAAAAUCGGAUUCACUCCCCAGCGAUGAAAAGACCACAGAGGAUGAUGAAAAACCGUCAAAAUCCAUCUCUGAUUUGAAAGUCGCCAGUGAACUUGCCGAUACGAUUAAUCACGCUCUCCUCAAUUUACCACCUCCCCCAUGGCUAGCUUCAGUCGUGCAAAGUUCUACCUCAACUUCGAAGGAAUCUAUUUUACCAUCCUCAUCAUGUUCGCGGCCUGAGGAAGCCAAUGCUAACAAACCGAAGAAACGGAUAAAUUCUAGGUUAAAGCUGGAUUUAUUCUCACUUCCACUUCCUGAGAGAGCAGGACAACGGCCAUAUAAAUUAUUAUUCUCAUCUUCAGCUCCUCCUAAGACUAAAACUAAAAAAAAAAAACCAAAACAAUAUGUUGUGGAUAAGCUGAAAUUAAAUAAUGGUAGUGUUUCUCGUGUGGUAUGUUUUGGUCGUACGCUACUGCUCGGUGAUGGUUACGUUCAUGGUGUUUGUAAACACGUUUCGAAAAAAAUUGACCCCUUAUUGUACAACAGUCCUUUAUCGAUUAUGCAGCUUGAAACGGCAAUCAGAAGGUUUCCACGAUUGUCAGAAAGUGUUUGUUUAUCUGUUGGUAAUUACGAAGCUCUGCACGCAUUAAAUGUUAAGACAGUUCGUCGCCAGUAUUGUCGUCUGUUGAAGACUUUGAGCGAUCUGGGAGUACGCAGACUGCAUGUUUUGCCUUUGAUGAAUGUUCCUGCUGGUUCGUUAAUGAAGUGCAAGGAAGUAGCCGACAUGAUAGCGUCAGAUUGGAGGGCUGCAUUCUUCGGCGGUGAUUAUAUUUUCGAACACGGUCUGAGAUUUGUGAACAAUAAUUCUUCGCUGGUAUUGCCUAAGCUAUGGGAUAUGCUCAAGAAUACGAUUAAAGUACGAUUGAGCAGCUAUUACGAGUAAUUACCCUUUUAUAUGUACCUAUUUUCGAAGAAACUCAAAAAUUGAGUACCUACCUACCUGUAAUUCAAGAAAUUGAUAUGUUAUUAGUACGUAGGUAUGCGUUUUAGUCAAGUUAAUUUGAAGUAAUUAUUAAUUAUUAUUUUUGAACAGUUGUUGCGUUUUUUCUAUUUUGAUAAAGUUUUUGUUGUGUGUUUA